CGCGGAUUGUUCGCUGGUCGUUGAGAUUAAGCCACUGCAGCUCUUAUCCGGUGAGCUGCCCAGGCCAAUCGAUUGCUUCCUGCAGGAAUCUUGCUGGGUCGUCUUCGGUCUUGUUGCGCCGGUCCAUCCCUGAAUCACCGGUGCCCCUCCUUGGUCACGUUUGGGUGUGGCCUUUUCGCCACGGUUGACUCGACCCGAAGUGCAGUCUUUCCCGUCCAGAGUGAUUGUUUGUGCUCCUGCAACCCCUUCCCGGAGUCAGAGGAGUUCUCCAAUCCGCAGGACUGCCCGGCCAUGUAAAGAUCCCUAGUCGGAUGCCGCGCAAGAAGGCUGCAGACCGCGUGGGUCCGGUCAAGACCCGAAGUCGCAGUGGCUGUAAGGAGUGCCGCGCGAGUCGAGUCCGCUGCGACCUGAAGAAGCCGAUCUGCACCAGGUGCCUCGAGAAGGGCCUAGUAUGCUCGACCCAACUGAUCCUGAAAUGGGAGUCGGAGUUCCUCAGCCGCGGCUUAGCCUUUGGCAGAGCCGGCGUUUGGAGUAAGGCUCGGGCUGCCGGCGGGCCUCCCACCAAGCCUUCGCCCGCCGCGGCGGCCUCUUUCCUGCUCAACGAUCAGGAAUGGUGUCCGAUCCCCCUGGUCGAGCCGUGGGGGUUCGUCAACAGUGGGGUCUCGACUUUCGAACAGCCCUACGAGGUCAAUGUCGCCUGUGAUGAGUUGAAUGCCCUGGUGGUCCGUGACAAGGGCAAGAGUCCUUGGCAGGAUGAUUUCCUUGAAGAGAGUUCGGAUUGGUCCUUGUCGAUACUAGAUAUCCCCGACUGCUCAUCUGUCCCACCGCUAUCUCCACAACCGACCCCGCCUUUGUCGAUGUUUCCUUAUCUCUCAGAGUCCAAUCAAGGGCUCCUCUUUGAUUACUAUCUCCAGCAAGUGUGUCCCCGGACCACCGCUAGCUCGAAGCUACUGUCUCCAUUUGCCUCGAUUAUCCUUCCCUUCUGCAUGUCAGCAUCUCCUAUCCUCUUCAAAGCCAUCCAAGCUCUCGGGGCAUGUCACUGGUCGCGAUUCGACUCGUCCUACAGUGUAAUUGGGCUUCGGCUCAAGUCGGAGGCUCUCCGGGGCCUUCGUCACCGCCUGGCCACUGAGGGCUCAGUUGCCUGCUCGGCCGAUCCGGAGGUGUUGGCAAUUAUGAUGAUGCUGUGCCAGUACGAGAUUGUGGACAACUGUGACCAGCGCUGGACAAUCCACCUGAAAGGUGCCAAAGACUUGAUUCGCCUACGGAGACAGCAGCAGCUGACGUUAUCACGCCCUCGUCACGCUCAGGAUCCGGUCUCUGCCUUUGCUGAGCUCUUCUUCGCCUUUCAGGAUGUCAUGGGACGCACCGCCUGCGGUGAGGAGGUGCUGUUUGGGACCGAUUACUGGCAAGAGAACGAACGCCAUAUCGACCUCUGGAUGGGGUGUAGUCCGGAACUAGUUUCGAUUCUGUCGUCGAUUACGGAAAUGAGUCGUACGAGACGACAGCUCACCUCUGACACCGCCCGCGCAUCGUUCGCUGAACGAGCAGCCUCCUUGGGCCGCAGGCUAGAGAGUCUCGUGCAGGAUAUCGAUGACGAUGAUGACGGGAGUCUUCAAUCUGCUGCCGAGUUAAAGCGAUUGGCAGCUGUUCUAUACCUGCAUUGUGCACUGUAUGGUGCGUCGCCGUCUACGCCAUUGGUUGUGGGCUACGUGCGAAGAAUCCUGCGACUUGUUUCCGACAUGCUCGACUCUGGCUCCCUGGUGAGCAUGACAUGGCCCGUUUUUGUGGCUGCAGUGGAGCUUGACCCUUUGCAUGAUGAGGUCUGGCGGGAUGCUAGUGGCGAUAUUGUGGUGUAUGGACGACCACUUGUGUUACGCGCGUUGGCGGCGAUGGCCGAGUCCAGCGUGUCGAAUGUGGCUCGGACGAGAGCCGUGAUUGUCAAGGUGUGGCAAGCCCGAGACAGCGAUAUGCUGAAGGGGUCUCCAGUGGAUGUCUCGGAUGAAAUGGCUAGCUGUAAUGACUGGGAGUGGUAUGUUGCGCCGAUUAGUACGGCAAUGAGCCUGGCGUAAGCCACUCCACAGGGGAGGGUUAUGGUUGAUGCUUGGAUGACUGAAUGACAUGCAGAUUGUGGGAAAUAAAUGUGUCUAUCACUUAAUAUGAACAUAUA